CAUUCGGGCGUUUGACGGAUUUUGUUCUGUUUGACAUUUAGAUUAGACCACCGCACAUGCCUCUACUAUAAAUAGGUUUUGACAGCAGCAGAAUUGACGGUAUUGCAAUUAGCCGACAAGCCCGUGUACAACUAAUCGUAAUUAAUAUAGGUAAUAGCGAAGAUCUAACACAAUAUCAUUAAAGUGAGCAUAAAUUACCUGCGGAUUACAGUAUAGUUUUUCGCUUGUCCACUUUGGCUACGCUUAGCAUGGCCAAAGUGAACAAAAAAAUCGAAGUGGCUGUCAGGCCUCAAAAGAGACCGAACUUGCCCAAAGCCGCCGUCAACAUACUUACCAAAUGGCUGGAAGACAACUGCACCAACCCGUAUCCGACGGAAUCCACGAAAAGAACCCUGAUGGAAGUCACUCGUUUAACGAAAAAUCAAAUUUACAACUGGUUCAUAAACAGCCGGCGUAGAAUCUUGCCGAACAUACUCAAGGAAAAGUGCGUGGACCGGAGUCUAAUAUUGUUGAGGAUCAAAAAGUACACUUGUUUUAACCAAGCGCGGUUCACGCGAUAUUUUGAAAAUCAGUCUCUUCGCAACACGACGACCGUGUCCGAUGCGGAUACGACACAGCUUCCAAAACCGGAACAAAACCUAUUCAAACAGGAAGACUACAAUUUGCAAUUACUCGCAGACGUGGCCACCAGACUGCCUAGAAUUCCAACACCUCAAUAAAACUAUCAAGGUCCUAAUCUAAAUAUAGGUUUGAUCAUUUUAUUUUAAGCAUUUAUACUUGUAUAUUAUAGUUGGAUACAUUUUUUUUUUAAUGUGAUAUUAUUAUUAUUAUAAUGAAACGUGUGAUACCGACAAAGGAGCUGCAGUGUCGUUACUGUGUAGAAGUUAGUUAUACAUAAACCAUUUAGCUAUCUGCUAUUUUAAUGAGAUAGAAAAAAUAAAAAUAAUAAACACUUUGUACCACAUCACUAGGAACCCAUAAGUAGAUUUGAGCGUUAUUCAUAAUUCAUAUAAAAUGGUAUAUUUGUGUUCAAAAUAAAUAUCUGUUAGAAUAACUUUGGUUAGAUAAAUAUAUUCCAAUAAAUU